AUGGCCGCAAUCGAUAUGGAAACCUUCAAGAUGCUGAUGAUGGGCUGCCUGCAGCCGACCACCACCCGUCUCGAUUUGUUCACUGGCCAGUUCCAGACCCGGAUGAGCGAAGUCCAGCGCAUGGACCAAAGGCUGAGCGAGCGGAUGGACCAGUUCGGCAAGCACGUCGCAGACAUGAAGACCGACCUGGACCGUCAGCCCGCCAAGCUCGCCGCGCUUGAGAUGGCGGUGGCCAUUGACGACAAGGAGAAAGUGGAGCACACUUUCGAGCUGUUCGACAGAAGACCUCCAUUGCCACUCUUGAGGCUGAGCUGA